CUCAAGGCAGUUUCAAAGAGUUUUAUUUUACAGAUUCUUAGUCCAAAGAUUUCAAAUUGGAGAGAAGUAAAAGCAAAAAAGGAGAAAAGCCAACUAAGUGUGAUGAAGAAGCCUUCUUCCUGGCAUACUACUGACAUUUAACCUGGCCAGAGCCUCCGGCAAUGAUGAAGUUGCCUUUUCAGCUGGGUUCUGUCUGUUCGGCCUUUGUAAUAAAUGCUAUCAAAGGGGCAGUUGCUUCUCGUCACUCACAAAGGUCUUGGUUUUGAACCUGACCCUCACAAAAGCCACUUCUCAUUAUGCCAAACCAACAGAAGAAAGUCAUUUUUUGCAUGGCCGGGGUAUUGAGCUUCGUGUGUGCCCUUGGAGUUGUGACAGCCCUGGGGACACCUUUAUGGAUCAAAGCCACCUUCUUCUGCAAAAUGGGGGCUCUGCUAGUCAAUGCCUCAGGGCAGGAGUUGGACAAGUUCAUGGGUGAGAUCCAGUACGGGCUUUUCCAUGGAGAGGGCGUGAGGCAGUGCGGAUUAGGAGCAAGGCCCUUUCGGUUCUCAUUUUUCCCGGAUCUGCUCAAAGCGAUCCCUGUGAGCAUCCACGUCAACGUCAUCCUCUUCUCUCUGAUCCUGGUCGUCCUGACGAUGGUGGGCGCGGCCUUCUUCAUGUACAAUGCUUUCGGCAAGCCUUUCGAGACUCUGCAUGGUCCACUAGGGUUGUACCUUCUGAGCUUCAUUUCAGGCUCCUGUGGUUGCCUUGUCAUGAUUUUGUUUGCCUCUGAAGUGAAGAUUCACCACCUCUCAGAAAAAAUUGCAAAUUAUAAAGAAGGGACUUAUGCCUACAAAACACAAACUGAAAAAUACACCACCUCAUUCUGGGUCGUUUUCAUCUGCUUUUUCGUUCAUUUUUUGAAUGGGCUCCUCAUACGACUUGCUGGAUUUCAGUUCCCUUUUGUAAAAUCGAAAGACACGGAGACAACGAAUGUAGCUGCGGAUCUGAUGUACUGAUAGGCAAACGUUUCUGUCGUUUUCCAAGGCAGUGAGUGGACUCGCUUUGGUCACUUGGGUCUGGUUCAUUCUGUCCGUCCUUUUAAAUGCCCCAAUUAAAGCAC